UGUGACACAUCAACAGUUGAGGAUGUGCAGCAUGACCUCGGCUUGUAUGUCCACUCUAUCAUUGUCGUGCUAGGGUUGCUAGGCAACCUGCUGGUCAUUGUCACAUACGCCUUCUACAAGAAGACCAAGUCCAUGACUGAUGUGUACCUGCUGAAUGUGGCAGUGGCGGACGUCCUCUUUGUGGUGGUGUUGCCACUUAUCAUCUACAACGAGCAGAAUAACUGGGCAAUGGGGGUCAUUGCCUGCAAGGUUUUACGAGGGGCCUACAGCCUCAACCUGUACAGUGGGAUGUUUCUGUUAGGCUGUAUCAGCGGCGAUCGCUACCUCGCUAUCGUCUGCGCUAGCAGUUCGCGAUACCUCCGCUCCCGCACGCUUGUCUACAGCCAUGCCAUCUGCCUUGUCGUCUGGGUGAUGGCUCUUCUGCUCUCCCUGCCCACAAUCAUCUACUCACAACUGUAUCAGUACAAUUCUGAAACAUGGAUGGUAGAUCAGAACAGCUCAACAUCUUACAGCAACAACACAGAGCUGACCAACAGCACUGUGACCAUCCCACCACUAGGGGGUAACUUUAGCCCUCACACUGCUUCCACAGAAAUGGAUCCGCCGGUGGAGUGUAUUCUUGUCUUUGAGGAGACACAAGACGUCAUGAAGAUUCUGAUUCCAAGCCUCCAGAUGGCGAUAGGGUUCCUGCUGCCUCUGAUGGUCAUGGUCUUCUGUUACACCUGUGUCAUCCUCACUCUGCUCAAGGCGCGCAACUUCCAGAGGCACAGGGCGGUGCGUGUGGUGCUGACGGUGAUGCUGGUGUUCAUACUCUGCCACCUGCCCUACAACCUCACACUAUUGGUGUACACCAUCACAUUCUGGGAGCAAAAGGACUGCAGUGAUGAGAACUCCCUCCAAAUGGGGCUACACCUCACUCAGACUCUGGCCUAUCUGCACUGCUGCCUCAACCCCUUCCUGUACGCCUUCGUGGGUGUGCGGUUCCGCAGCCACUUCAAGAAGGUUCUGCAGGACCUGUGGUGUGUGGGGAAGGACUACAUGCGGGCGCGACGCCCAUCUUCCCGCCUCACCUCAGAGGUCUGCCUGUCGACGCGCAGGUCAGUUGACUGUUCUGACACAGACAACGGCACCUCCUUCACCGUGUGACCCCAACUAGGUCCUCUUAGGAUUGCAAGCGGACCUAUUCCCAUGUCCCAAACUCCAACUCAAACUGUUUCACCAUUUUUAC